UUGGGAAAAGCGCGCAUAGUUCGGUAUCGCCAUCCCAUCUCAACAUCACUGAAAGUGUGCCCAGCAGAUAACAGUUAACAUUCUAGAUUGUUUGUUUGUUUAUGUUUGCAUUUUUAAGAUGAAAGCUGUGGUAUUAUUUUUGUUGUGCAUUGUUACCUGUAAAGCAGAUUACAAAGGGACAGAUUUAAUCAGUUCUGGCCAGUACAUCCCUGACUAUUCCGGACGUUAUAUACACGAUAAUAGUGGUAACUAUAUAGAUGAUGGAUCUGGCAGAUAUAGUGAUAACAUAGAAAAAUAUAGACAUGUCCAGGACAGAUAUGUAGUCCAAGCAACAAACAUAAGACCGGUAACACAAAAACCUAUACCAAAAAUCAAUUACUCCAAAUUAUAUUCCAACCAAGGUGGUUGGAGAAUUUUAAGACAAAAUUACGAUCUAGGACCACAAAUAUACCAUUACGACUAUGCAACAGAGAAUAAAAUAAUCGGUGAAGAAAAGGGAAAAAUCAUCCACCAAGGCACAAAAGACGAGGGCGUGGCUUCAGAAGGUUUCUACGAAUAUAUCGGGCCCGAUAAUGUAAAAUACCACGUAAAGUACACAGCAGGCGAGGGAGGAUUCCAACCAAUAGGAGCGCACAUUCCAACACCCCCACCCGUUCCCGAACUAAUCAGGAAGGCUUUGGAGCUCAAGGAAAAAAGAAGAUUUAAUUUUGAAGCUGCUAACGGCAUCAAAGCAGAAGAGAAAGGCAACAUCAAAAAGACCAGCGAUCCGGAAAACCCUGAAGCUGUGGUUGCCACAGGGUCCUUCUCCUACACCGAUCCGGAGGGAAAUCAGAUCUCCUUGACCUACACCGCCGACGACGAGGGCGGCUUUCAGCCGCAGGGCGCCCACCUCCCCACCCCGCCCCCAAUCCCCCCAAACAUCCAGAAAGCUCUGGACUGGAUAGCCGCCCACCCGGAGCCCGAACAAAAAGCUGGAAGAAAAUAAUAGAAGACAUUAGCGAAGCUCCAAAAUCCAAACCUAGUGAAUGUAUCGAGAAUUUGUCAAUUGGGUUCGGAUCUGGAGCGUAUGCCGGACGGUUCUGUGAUAUUUUUGCCUAGAACAACUGCUACGAUGUAUGAACACGAUUUGGGUCUUUUUUGUAUAUUUAUGUCUUAUUAGAAAACAAAACAAUUACAUGCUUAAAGCUCAGCAAUUUAUUCCCUUGUUUUAAUUACAAUCCUUUGUGUGAAUCUGAAAUAUAGCGAAUUUUG